AUGUCGGCGACAGCAUCCAAGACCGCUCUUCAAGAGCGCUUCGUUGGGAAGACUCUCCACGAGGUUCCGACCCCCAGCAUCAUCCUGGACCUUGCCAAGCUCGAGGUCAACUGCCAGCGAAUGAUUGAUGCCGCCGACAAGAACGGCAUUGGGUGGCGAGCUCACAUCAAGACUCACAAGACCAAGGAGCUUACCAGGCUUCAAGUCGGCGAUGAGACCAACACACCCGCCAACAUCAUCGUCUCAACCGUCCUCGAGGCAGAGAAUAUCGCACCCGUAUUAAAGGAUUUCCAGAGCAAGGGGCGCAAAGUCAAUGUGCUCUACGCAUUUCCUCUCUACCCAUCCGCGGUCUCACGACUCGCCGCCAUCUCCCAGGAUCUGGGACCUGAAGCGGUCUCCGUCAUGAUCGACAAUCCAGACCAGGUCCCACUCCUGGCCGCUUUCAAGUCCCAGUCCGGGGGCAACAAGCCACUCGUCUUCCUCAAGAUCGACGUCAAGUACCACCGCGCAGGCGCCAUCCCGGGCACCCCAACCUACCAGUCCCUGCUCAAGGCCAUCCUAGCAUCCGAGGCCGAAGGCUCCUGCGUCCUCCACGGCCUGUACGCCCACGCAGGGCAGUCGUACUACACGCGCAAGGACUGGGACGCCCUGAUGUACCUGACCGAAGAGUACGCCACCCUGAGCAACGUAGCCAACGAAAUCCGCAGCCAGAGCCCCAGCCACCCGCUCGUCCUAUCCGUAGGCGCCACGCCGACAGCCACGGCGCUGCAACACCCAGACUUCACAAGCGGGGCGCCGGCGGCAUCAUCCCCCUCCAGCCAAGAGGCCGGGGCGCGCGUGGCGAACCUGUCGGGCCUGAUCAAGGACCUCAAGCAGGCCGGCCUCGGCCUAGAGGUCCACGCCGGCGUCUACCCGGCCCUGGACCUGCAGCAGCUGGCCACGCACGCGCGCGACGGCUCGCUGCUGAGCAGCGGCGACAUCGCCAUCACGGUCGUGGCCGAGGUGGCGUCGCUGUACGCCGGCCGCGGCGAGGGCGGGUCCACCGAGGCGCUGGUCAACGCCGGGUCGCUGGCGCUGGGCCGCGAGCCGUGCAAGGAGGACGGCGCGGGCCACUACGCCGGCUGGGGCGUGGUGGCGCCGUGGGGCGACGCGGGGCUCGAGGAGUCGGACCCGGCGCCUAGGGACUUCCCUGCGGUGCACGGGGGCUGGCAGGUUGGUAAGAUCAGCCAGGAGCAUGGGAUUCUCGUGUGGAAGGGGGCCAAGGAGGCCGAAGUGCCGUUGAGGUUUGGGCAAAGGGUGAGAAUAUGGCCAAACCACGCGUGUAUUACCGGUGCUGGGUAUGAUCACUACCUAGUGGUCGACAGCAGGAGAACAGGGAAGGAGGACGAAGUGGUUGAUGUAUGGCCGAGGUGGAAUGGAUGGUGA